AGACAGAGCUGAGACUUCAAGAGCUCAUCCUCUUCCAAGCAGAAACCCAGACGCAACCAUGCACGGCAAGAGCGUGAUCCUCCGCAGCUCCGGGACUCUGUCCGCAGCUGAACUGGGUUGCCAAGUGUAUGAGAAAGACACAGUGCGGAAGGAAUCGUUCACCGCUGACUGGAAAGACCUGUCACUCACCACUCGGCCCGAAGAAGCCUGGUCACUGUCUGAGGUGGACAAGCAGCGCCGAGAGACCUACCACCAGCAGCAGGAGGCCCGGGUCAUCGUGCAGCGGUCACCAUGGGGCAUCCUCCGCCUGGGUCUGCUGGGCGAGCCCCUGGUCUCCUACCACCUGCCGUACGAGCGGGCCUUGCCCUUGCCCAUCUUCACUCCAGCCAAGCUGGCCACCAAGGCUGAGCGGGAGCUCACGCCAACUCCCUCCGAGUCAGUGGAGUCGCUCCCACCCGCAGGCGUGUGUCCCGACAAGACACCUCUGGAGGAGAUCACCAAGGAGCUGCCCCUGGUCGUCCAGCCCAGCUGCCCCGACUUCAAGAAAGCUGGCCUGCCCCGCUCGUUGUCCCGCUCCCUGUCCCAGGAGGCCCAGAGGGGCUGAGGCCGGGGGACCGUCCCCAAGCAACGACUUUCCUUGUGGGAGCGGCCUUGGAUGCCUUGGGCCUGCGCAUCUGUUGCUGCAUGAGGACUCUCUAGAGGGGCCCAAACACGUAGAAAAGACUUGGUAGGAUCGAACCCAUCUUGAGUAACCCGUUGUGGGGGAGGGAGCAAAGACUGUGACUGUAUCCAUGUGUGCAUAUAGAUAGCUAGUUGCGGGGGUCUUGCGCACGCUCCACCGUGCUUCCCCCUGCACUGUGAUUUUUAAAAGGCUGUCUCCCUUGGGGAGGAGGGAGAGCUCAGUGGACGGAAGGAGAAACAGGCAGGAGCGGCAUGCUGAAGCCCUAAAAUUGCAGCAUGUGGAAGGACUUUGAAGAAGAGCUGGCUAAGACUCACGAAGCUGGUGUGGGGCUCCUCCUGAGUUCUAGCUUUGGAAAAGGAAGUUUAGCAGCAAGUGAGAGUAUCUGAAUGGAGCUGAGGGCGGCCUUCAUUCUGCCACGGCAAGGGACUACAAGGAGUGUCAGGAUGAUGGAGUCGGGUCUAGCGCUGACUUCACGGUCCUGCUCCCCCAACCGCAUUCCUCGGCUCUGUGACUUGGGGUAUUAUGGGACUCCCAGUCAUGGGAGAGGGUCCCAGUGGAUGAGCAUGUGCUGUGUAAAAUGGGGACAUUUUACUGCACUUGGAGAAAGGGAUGAUGUCAGGUUGAGUUAAAGGGCUCAGAGAAAUGGGAAGGAAGAACUUUCAGCCUGAGUAGAACAGGCACAAGAGGCAGGUGUAGGUUACAUCCCAUCCCUCACAUGGGUGACAACAUAGACAGGUAACUGAGAAGAUUGCAAAAUUCCAUUGUGAAUAUAGACCCCAACUCAUUUUCUCUGUUUUAUUUUAAUGAAAAUAAAAAAAGAUUUCCCAAA